AUGGCUGCAACUGCAGCGGACAACGGGCAUGCAACCCAUACUUCAACACUAGAGCCGCAUCAGCUGGCAGCUUUCCUCACUCCUCCCACUCACGAGCAACAGCUUAGCUAUGUCGUCGAACACUGCAAUUACAUUCUCCCUCAGCUUGCCUCCGACUCUCUCGCUGCUUCUUUGCGUCCCGAUACCAGCAACGGCUCGCAUUCAGCUCCCACAUUUACCACGCUUCCAUCCUCUUCCUCGCUCGAAGCGUAUCUUGCUCAGCUCACUUCGGCCCAUCAGCAAGCCACUGCUCGCACCGCCGACCUCGAAUCUCAGCUACGCGAUCAACUCCUCUCCAGCCUCGACGGCGUCAAGCUUCUCAAGCAAAAGCUUUCUUCGCUUCCCGACGAUAUUGCUUCCACAGAAGACAAGCUGCUUGACCUCUGUGAAGAUCUCGUCAUAGCUGGUGCUUCCUCUGCCGCUGCUGCUGCUCCUGGGUCUAGCAAAGCUGGUGCUGUCACCCUCAUCAGCAGGCUCGAUCAGCUCCAUAUUGCCAUCGACCAGCUCCAAAAAGCAAAAGCGUACUUCUCCAUCUUGGCACAGGCAGAAGACCUUCGGCUUGCUAUCGUCAAGUGCGAUCAGGACCAAGCGCAGCAGCUCGAUGCUCUUCAGCAUCUCUCGCAGCUCGAUGCUCUUGUCCGUAAGGUCGAGAAGCUUUCCACCGUCGGGUCCCAGCAGCUUCACGUACGAGCAGGCGAGCCAAAGCUGGUUGCCUUCUUGCGUGCGCAGCGCUCGUCUGCCUUCAAGAUUCUUCGAAAGGCUCGAUGUGACAGACUCUCGCAGGCUAUAGCGCGGACAGGUUGGUCCCAAACCAAGGUCAACCUCUCACCUCAGCAGGAUGCCGCUAAUCAGCUCGAUAUCACUGCCCCAAAGCUCACCGAGAGCGAACAAGUCAAGCUCGCCUGGGCUCACCUCUGCCAAUUGCAAGACGCGGCCGAGCACCUUGGCUUGCUCAAGCGCGCCACUGCAAAGCCUUCCUCCAACGCCAAUCCUCACGCCCACCUCGUCACAGCCGGAAGCGACAAGUAUCAGCCAUUACUCACCACUCAGUGUCUCAUCGAACCCAUGCUACUCCGAUUCCGUUAUCACUUUGACGGUGACCGCUCCACCAACCGCCUCGACAAGCCUGAGUGGUUCAUCUCUCACAUUGCUGCUCUCAUCCGCACCCAGGCUCCACUCUUUUUACCUGCAACACACGGCAUUCCCGGCUCGGGCGGCGCUGUAGUCCGCCUUAACCGCGCCUAUGCCAAUGAUCCUGCCACAGCUUCCUCGCGCAGAGCGUAUCGCCACAUUGACACGUACGCGGAGCUCCUGCAUGGUCUGCUCACGCCGCUCCGUCGCAAAAUUGCCUCCACCAUGCCUGCGCUCCUUGAGCACCCCUCGCUGCUAGCGCACACUGUCUUUCAGGCUCUCACAUUCGAUGCAGACCUCGCCGAAUCUUUCCCGCCAUCCCUCACUGUUCUUGACGGCGCCGGAACGAGAAAGAUCUCGGACGACAUUCUCGAUAACACCGCCUGGUUCAAUCGUUGGCUCGACGGUGAAAAGGAAUUUGCUCUGCGGCGCUUCGAAGAGAUUAUUAACUCUCCCGAUGCCUGGGCUAUCGGCAGCUCGGACAGUCUGGCAGACGACGAUGAGCAGGUCUUUUACUCGUCCCUCUCCGAUGCGAAUGCUUCGGGUGCGUCGACCCAAGACUCGAUCGGUCAAAGGACCACCAAAUCCGCCAGGUCUACGAUCGAGAUCCUCGACUCAGUGUCGGAACGCUACCGUCCGCUUCCCUCGCUUUCGCAGCGCUUGUCCUUCUUGGCCAUCGUGCAGCUGCCCAUCUUGCGCUCCUACGCUCAACGUUUGACCAAGAGUCUCGACGCAUUUGAAUCGCUUUCCUCGGCUUUUGCACGCGCGAUGCCUGGCGAGAUUGUUUCUGGCACCAGUGCUACUUCGGGCGCAUCCGAUUCGGACAUGGUCAAAGGCCUGCGUGGCUUGGGCCGCUUGGUCAAGGCGUUGCUCUCAGCGCAGUACGUGUGUACCGAGCUCGAGCGGUGGUCCGAAUCAGCGGCAUUUGUCGAGAUGUCCGAGAGCCUUGUUUCCACCGACGAGGGUCGCGCGCUGGCGCUGGGUCUGCGCAAGGAACAGGGAGCUGAAGAGGAUCGAGAGCUGGACGCGGCGAGCCUGGGCAUGUUGCUCAGGAGAAGGCUCAAGAGGGGCGCCGCUGUGGCUAGGCCGCUUGCGAGCAGCGGGGGCUCACCCGUGCUUCCCAGUGGAGACGGCGGAUUCGGCACGCCCAAGGUGAGUGAUGUCGGGCAAACACAGGUGCUCACCGAGUUUGGACGCUAUGGCGUGUGGGAAGAGCCACGUCGAAAGUUUUCCGAAAUUGCCGCUCGCGCCAUCACUGCCAUUGAAAGGCUUGUCACUAGCGAGGUGAUCGAACAGCUUCGACCCUACAUCCUGCGUCGAUGGGAUCAGGAAGAUGACUCUUCAUCAGAAUUCAAAGAGCAGGACGAGAAAGAGCCCUACCCAACCCCUACGCUCAUCCCGGCACUGUCAAUCUUCUCAUCGCACCUCGGACAUCUGGCUUCCAUCUUGGAGCGCGAAACUCUGCUGCCCAUCUACCGGCAUAUCUCCACUUCAAUCGCGACGGCGCUCGUCGAGCGGGUGGUCAUGGCGGGCGGGUCGAAGCGCUUCAACUACGCCGGUGGGGUACGCUUCGACCAGGAUCUGCGACAGGGCUGGCUGGGCGUGGUGAGAGAGCUGGUCGACUCGAAUGCUGUGCAGCGGGGGGCUCUGUUUGGACGUCGGCCGGAAGCGUGCUGGAAGGCCGCGGUCGAUGCGGGUGUUUUGUUGAGGUUGCCGUCUUCAACGGGGGGAGUUGGGGGAAAGGGAGAGGUGACAUUGGCCAAAGCGGUGCAGAUCGCUUUCGACGCUACGGAUGAGGGCCAGGAGGAGGGGGAGGAGUACAGGCAGCUGUUGGAGGGAUUGGGACAUGUGGAUGAUGGCAAGAUCAACGUCAGGGAGGUGCUGAGACGACGGGUCGAGGUGUGGAAGUGA